AUGGAGGAUGGGAAUGUAGCGAGACAGUCAUUGAUAAGGCCAAGUGGUGGCUUGAAGUCCACAUUGUCAGGACGAUCAACUCCUAGGGGUUCUCCUUCAUUUAAAAGAUUGAAUUCUGGCCGAACUCCUCGAAAAGAAGGUAGAACUAGUGGAAUUAGCACUCAGUGGGUUAGAAAUAAUCGGAUAGUGCUUUGGUUGCUACUAAUUACUCUUUGGACUUAUGCUGGAUUUUACAUCCAGUCGAGGUGGGCACAUGGGGACAAUAAGGAAGGAAUUUUUGAUUAUGGGAGUAAACCGAGUGAUGAGAAUGCUGAAACUGGACAAGAUCUGCGACGGAACUUGGUUGCAAAUAAUGAAUCAUCGGCAGUUAAAAUCAGAAAUCAAAACAAACAACCCAAUGUGAAAAACAUGAAUGUGGUUUUGGCAAAAAAAGGGAAUACUGUUUCGUCUCCUGGAAAGGUAUCUUUGAAGAAGAAGAACAAGCGAUCGGCGCGUAGUUCACGUAGGAAGAUUCCUAGUAAGAAGAAGCCGGCUGUGGGCAUUGGAGACAGUGAUGUUGAGGUGCAGGAAGAGGAAAUUCCUAAUCGAAAUACUACUUACGGUUUGCUUGUUGGUCCAUUUGGGCCGAUAGAGGAUAGGAUUUUGGAAUGGAGCCCUGAGUUGCGAUCAGGAACUUGUGACAGGAAAGGUGAAUUUGCCCGUCUUGUUUGGUCCAGAAAGUUUGUGUUGAUAUUCCAUGAACUUUCAUUUACCGGAGCUCCACUUGCCAUGAUGGAGUUGGCAACGGAACUCUUAAGCUGUGGGGCCACAGUGUCUGUUGUAGUUCUUAGCAAAAGGGGUGGGUUAAUGCCAGAGCUUGCUAGGAGGAAGAUUAAAGUGCUUGAAGACAGAGAAAAGCUCAGCUUCAAAACAGCCAUGAAGUCAGAUCUAGUCAUCGCUGGUUCGGCAGUGCUUGGAACAGAUAAUGGAGGCACAAAAGAGAUUGUUGAACACAAUGUCACCGGUCUUCUUCAUCCUCUAGGGCGUCCAGGAACAUAUAUUCUUGCUCAGAAUCUUCGGUUUUUGCUCAAAAACCCAUCAGCAAGGCAGGAAAUGGGAAUCAGAGGAAGGAAAAAGGUCGAGAAGAUGUAUUUGAAGCGGCACAUGUACGAGAGAUUUGCCGAGGCUUUGAUCAGGUGCAUGAGAAUGAAAUGA